AUGUUUUAUCACAAGGUUUCUGCUCUCGGUAGUGCCUGUUAUGCACUGUCGCUAUUGAGCAUGACGCUCGGGUUUCAGAACCCAAUUAUCCCAGGAUUUAACCCCGACCCGGAUAUUUUGAGGACAGGAGAUGACUAUUUUAUCGUUACUUCGACUUUUGAAUUCUUCCCUGGAAUCCCCAUUUACCACUCCAAAGACCUUGUUAACUGGACCACGAUCGGUCACGCAUACAAUCGCCCCAGUCAGCUCAACAUGCGCGGCACAGCGCCGAGUGCAGGACUCUGGGCACCAACCUUGAGAUAUAACAAGGGAUACUACUACUUAUCGACUACCUGGUACGACAUUAUACAGAACCCUGACAAUACCACCCGCAUCCCGCGCUCGAUGUACGUCAGGACCAAGGACAUAUUCGACGAAACUCAAUGGAGGCAUGUCGACCCCUUCUACAUCGACCAAUGGGGAUUCGACCCGGAUUUGUUCUUCGACGAUGACGGCAAGCGAAUAACGAUUGAUACAGGUUUACACUACUACGCAAUCGACGCCAAGCGAUUGGCCAUCCUGAUGCCGGUCGUCAAAAGGAAAUUCUCACUAUACACGGCCGAAAUCGACAUCGAGACUGGGGACUCGUUGACUGAAUCCGUGCUAAACUUCAAUUCCCCAUUGGAGCCGAACUCACGACUGGCCGAAGGGUCCCAUAUCUACAAGUUCAAUGGUACAUACUACCUACUCGUAGCUGAAGCAGGCACCAACAUCGGACACCGAGUUACGAACUACCGCUCAAAAGUGGGUCCAUUCGGACCAUGGGACCCAAGCCCAUACAACCCGCUCGUCUACAAUGGCCACAAUACCUCGCUCCCCAUUCUCUCGACAGGACACGGCGGAAUCGUAGAGACCCCUCAAGGAGACUGGUACGCCGUAUUUUUGGGCACCCGUCCCCAGAACCCCGAAAACUCGAGCGGGCGUGCUCAGCUUGGACGUGAGACGUUUAUGGCACCCAUGAAGUGGCUAGACGACGGCUGGUUCACUAUCAACGACGGAAAGGAUAUUACAAUCGAUAUGCCGGGAUUGUAUAACCUCGAGGUCCCAAAAGUAUGGAAAGAUGAAUUCAAGGGCGGAUUCGCAGACAAGAACUAUUACACCGUCCGCACGCCACGGCGGGAUCGACAUCAGAGGCAACAUCUACAACCUGAGCGACCGCGAAACCGCAGCAUGCUUCUUCCGCAAACAAAGCGAAAUCUCCACCACCUUUUCGACCAGCUCAAGUUCAGCCCCACCUCGCCCCGCCACGAAGCCGGCCUCACGAUCUACCUCUCGAUCUUUUUCCACGAUGAGAUUGGGCUGACGAUGAACCCGAGCACGAACAAGACUGCGAUUUUCACCAAGACCAGGACUGGGGAUUUGGCGGUUGAGAAUACGACUUUUGUGGAUCUUCCGGACGGGACGGAUGAGGCGUUGUUGUAUAUCGAGGCCAGGCCGGAUAGGUAUAAUUUUGGGUAUGCGAUUGGAACGGAUGCACCGAAAUAUAUUACUACUGUGCAGAACAAGUGGCUUGCUUCCAAGAUAGAUGGGUGGUCCGGGAAUUUCGUCGGAACGCACUUUGGGUUUUAUGCUACCAGUAAUGGACUGCCGAUGCUCCAGAAAGCGCACUUUUCCCAUAUUCAAACUGAACGACCAUGA